UUCGUCAGCCCCCACCAAGUGGACACCAGCCGCAAAAUAUCCGCCAACCCUAAAAAUUCCACCACCACUUUUUCUCCGCGCGUUGGAAUUCUCGAUUUUGAAUCUUUGUCUGUUGCACCUCACGUACACUUAGGAACCUGAGCCAACGCCGAUAAUCACAAUGGUAAGCACCUGAACGACUACGACUCGAUACUCACGACCUCUGCGAUCGUCUUUACGGCGCGCGCAUGUGGGAUAUGUUGGGAAUGCUCUUGAUCUCUGAUUGAGUUGCAUGUUUUCCGCUCGUCGGUCCUCCGGGGCCGCGGGUGAUGACCUGGCUUGAGUUGGAUCCGCGUGCAUGGCAGAAAUGCUUGCCCGGCCACUCUCUAGAGUUAACGAAGACUGAAGUCAAAUGGACCAAAACAUUUACUGAUGUCUUCUUCUCAAUGAUAGCCUCAGAAGUCUGGCAAGAAGGCCGCUCCGGCCCCCUUCCCCCAGGGUAAGGCUGGCAGCAAGAAGGCGCCCAAGAACCCUCUCAUCGAGAAGCGCCCCCGCAACUUCGGCAUUGGCCAGGCUAUCCAGCCCAAGCGCAACCUCUCGCGCAUGGUGAAGUGGCCUGAGUAUGUCCGCCUCCAGCGCCAGAAGAAGAUCCUCAACAUGCGCUUGAAGGUCCCCCCUGCGCUCGCCCAGUUCCAGCAGGUUCUCGACAAGAACACCGCUGCCCAGGCUUUCAAGCUCCUCAACAAGUACCGCCCUGAGACCAAGACCGAGAAGAAGGAGCGUCUCCUCCAGGAGGCUACCGCCAUCAAGGAGGGCAAGAAGAAGGAGGAUGUCUCCAAGAAGCCCUACGUUGUCAAGUACGGUCUCAACCACGUUGUUGGCCUCAUUGAGAACAAGAAGGCUUCCCUCGUCCUCAUCCCCAACGAUGUCGACCCCAUCGAGCUCGUUGUCUUCCUCCCCGCUCUCUGCCGCAAGAUGGGCAUCCCCUAUGCCAUCAUCAAGGGCAAGGCUCGUCUCGGCACUGUCGUCCACAAGAAGACCGCUGCCGUCCUCGCCCUCACUGAGGUCCGCGCUGAGGACAAGAACGAGCUCGCCAAGCUCGUCUCCGCCAUCAAGGAGGGCUACCUCGAGAAGAACGAGCAGGCUCGCCGCCAGUGGGGUGGUGGUAUCAUGGGCGUCAAGUCCCAGAUGAAGAUUGCCAAGCGCAAGAAGGCUCUCGAGAACGCCAUCAAGGUCUAAAUUUGACCUAAUGGUGUAAUCGAACACGGUUGGGAUAUGGUCCUCGAACUACUGGUCGGCGUAUUGGACAUACCAAAAUCAGAUCAGGGUCAAAUGAACUGCCUACUUCCGCCGUAGCAGACGUCCCAAGGUUGCUUUCAGACGUUGUGAAUAACAAAUGAUACCCAGUUUUUGCUUUCUUCCAGUGUGAUGAAGACCCACCUUCCUUCCCCCCAGGUCAGUUCACCAUGGAUUUCCGAUCCCAUCCCCCAUUCCCCCAUCUCAUUGUAAACUUGAACGGCAUUAGUGUGUACAACAUUGAGCUCAUAUACCUACGCUCAUGUGUUGAAGGAUUUUAUCGUGCCAAGAUAAACUUUUUGCCCUACUAUUACCAAACACUUUAGUCCUCUUUGCUCUCGGGACUUUCGUGCAUGAAAGUAGUGCUACAUGCCAUCACUUGACGAUGGUUUAGUUACUUGCCUGGUUUUUGACUUUUGGGUUCUGUCUUUAUGGACAUGAGACAUUUGGUUCCUUGUCUAUCCUUGGCCAUGAGCCUGGCCCAAACAGUCUCGGUAACAUUCUAUGCAGAAUCAAUAUAAUGCUAUUC